AUGAAGAACGCCAACCGCCACAAGGCGUCCGUGAGCUUCGCGCGGGAGCGAAUCGCGUCGACCGCUGCGGCGUCAGCCGCGAAGGGGUCUGUGGUGCAGUUCGUCUCGAAGGGCGCGCGAAGCGACAUGGAGCUGGUUUUUGACCGCCUUCAUGCUCUCGACAAGUCCGCCCAGUCGGACACAAUUAGCGGGAAGGGGCUUGCACAAUUCCUGAGUGAGGUUGGUGUCGCACAGUCGUCUUUGGAGUGCAUGGUGCUCCUGUGGAAGUUGGGUGCCACUCAGAAAGGCUGCAUCACGCGGUCUGAGUGGCUAAUAUCCGUGUACGCCCACAGCAUCGAGUCCAUCAUACAGAUGCGCCAAAGCGUCAGCGAAUGGGUAAAGGAGGUUCUCGAGAACGGCGGCUCUUUCCUGCUCAUGUACAACUAUCUUUACGACUACCUCCGCGGCGAGGAGGAUCGCCGCAUGACGCUGACAACUGCAAUCAGCGCGUGGGACGUCUUUUUCAGCAAGAACGACCUCUACGCAAAAUGGAAGGCGUGGGCAGUGGUCAACGUCAAGGGCGGCGUUUCCCGUGACCUUUGGCGGCAGCUCGGUAUCUUCUUCACGAUGGACACGACCGCCGUGCAGCGCUCCAGCGACCAGAUCUCUGCUCUGCCAUGGCCAUCGGCGAUCGCUGACUUUCUCGACAAGGACAGUGUGCCGGCCUCGUGA